AUGAGACUACCCACGAUUGCAGGAGUUUUCCUGUUAGCUCUGCCUGUCCAGGCUGGGCUGGUCUCCUUUGCGGUGCCAAAGACCAUCAAAGCCGAUGAUGACAUUACUGUCAUGAUCACCAUGAAUAGUGAACAGGGAUACGUUUGGGAUUACACGCUGCUACUCUCAGCAACUGAUAAAUCGUUGCCACCUGGAUAUUUAGGGCUUCCCUUUGGUACGAGCAACUGGACAAUUAGCACGCGGGGAGCAGGAGUUGGAGCACAGAGCGAUUCUGUUAUCCGGGGAGUAUGGUUUAGCACAGUUGGCGUAAUGGGGUUCGUCAAAACGCAGAUGCGCGAGGCCAGUAUUGCAAAGGGUGACGAGACGAGCAGCACUUAUGUGGACUCGGAGCCUCUUCACUACCCGCAUUGA